AUGUCCUUCAACACGAGUGUCGUCGACCAGGAGCAGGAUGAACUGGCGCUGGAGGCUCGCCAGUCGUCGGAGGACGACAACUUCCUGCCCGUCGUGUCUGACCUCGCGCUGAAGAAGGGCCGGCCGUCGCGAGCCGCGCAGCGCUCGCGUCGGCUGAAGAAGCAGAAAGAAGAGAACGCCAAGCGAGUCCGCAGGAAGUCGGGAGACUCUGACAUAGAAUUCGAGCAGCCUCGGCGAUCUGCGAGGGCUACGCGCAAUCGCGCGAAUAUGCAGGACGAUGCCUUCAUGGAAGACGACGACUCAUUCUACGUGGUCGACGAUAAGCCGGCCGGCGUGCCCAAGGUCAUCUCGGUCAGGGAGGUGUUCCAACCAAUCACCCCAGAGUCAGAUUUUGGAUCCGUGCACAUGCAAUCGUGCCAUACCUGUGGCGGCUCAAGGCAGCGUGGCCAGCUGCUCUACUGCCAAGGGUGUUGCCUGGCGUACCACAAGAACUGCAUUGGGUAUCGAAGCAAUCGAGAGCAUUUGGCAACCAAGGUGGGAGAAGACGACUUUGUCCUGCAAUGCAGAUUCUGUCUCAACAUCUACUCGAAGAAAGACAGCAGUGCGCCCCGACACAGCGCCUGCCAACAGUGCAAGAAGGACGGCCGAUCAUGUACACCCUUUUCUCAGAAGAAGACGGCUCGCCAAGAGGAAAAGCUGCGCGCAGAGAACGGUGGCGUCGACCCUGUCACCCCAGUCUCGCCCCAGCUUAUCAACAACCCCGACAAUGUCCUUUUCCGCUGCUCAAUGUGUCACCGUGGGUGGCAUGUCGAGCAUCUGCCUCCUACGGGCACCGACGCGAUUGAGACGGACGUCAAGUCUGAACGACUUAAGGAGUAUUCAGUCGACUGGCGGUGUACCGACUGCAGCUCUGCCAAAGGCAAGAUACAUCGCCUGAUCGCGUGGCGGCCUGUCACACAAACGGAGGAGCGCCCAGCGUACGCAGAUGUGAGCGAGGACGACAGAGAAUACCUCAUCAAAUGGCAAGACAUGUCAUACAGACACUGCUCCUGGGCCCCUGGGGCUUGGGUAUUUGGUGUUUCUGCCGGAGCCAUGCGCACCUCUUUUGCCAAACGUGCGCUUGAGCAGGAUCUCCUGAAAUUCACGACCGAAGAGGCCAUUCCAGACGAGUACAUCACCCCGGACAUCAUCUUCAAAGUCAAAAUGGACAGAUCUAGUUCAGUGGGCAAGACAAAGGCCGAUGACCUUGCCAACAUUUCCCAUGUCAAGAAAAUUCUCGUCAAGUUUCAUGGCCUUGGCUAUGACGAUGUCGUAUGGGACUCUCCCCCUAGCCCGGAGAACCCUCGGGUCUACAGCGCCUUUGUGGAAGCGUACCGCGAGUACAUCGAGGGCAAGCACUUCGAACCCGGAUCCGCCAACAAGAUGAAAGAACGCAUCAAGCUCUACAAGAAUUCUCCGUUUGUGGAGGUCGACACGCAACCCUCUGGCCUCACCCGAGGAAAGCUCAUGGGCUACCAGAUCGAAGGCCUCAACUGGCUUCUGCAGAAUUUCCACCAGAAUCGAAGCAUUGUUCUGGCAGACGAAAUGGGACUGGGCAAAACAGUUCAGGUCGUCGGUCUAGUAACCUCACUAGUACUGGACGCGCCAAAGUGCUGGCCGUUUCUCAUUGUCGUACCCAAUGCUACCUGUUCCAACUGGCGUCGAGAAUUCAAGCAGUGGGCUCCCGGCGUCAGAGUGGUCGCCUAUCAUGGUGGAAAGGAACCUCAGGAGCUCGCCUAUAAAUACGAACUGUUCCCCGACGGAUCUACGGACAUGAAGGCUCAAGUGGUUAUCAUGUCGUAUGACUCGGCGCAGGACCCACGGACAUCUGCCCUCUUCAAGUCCGUAAGCUGGAAAGGGCUGGUCGUUGACGAAGGUCAGCGACUGAAGAAUGACCAGAACCUUCUCUACACUGCUCUGAGGUCCAUGAAGAUACCAUUUCGACUGUUAUUGACGGGCACGCCGCUGCAGAACAAUAAGAGGGAGCUUUUCAAUCUCCUGCAGUUCAUUGAUGAGAAGCAAAAUGCAGAAAAGCUGGACGAGGAGUAUGCAGUCUUGGACAAGGACAACCUUCCUAAGCUGCACGAGAAGAUUCGUCCGUACUUCUUGCGGAGGACAAAGCUCGGCGUCCUAAAGUUCCUUCCCCCUAUGGCGCAGAUUAUCCUUCCUGUCACCAUGACGGUCAUCCAGGAGAAGCUGUCGAAGAGCAUCAUGGCGAAGAACCCUCAGCUCAUCCGAGCCGUAUUUGCAAAUAGCAAGAUGAACGCCAAGGACCGCGGCAGCCUGAACAAUAUCCUGAUGCAGCUGCGCAAAUGCUUAUGCCAUCCUUUUAUGUAUUCCGAAGCGAUCGAAGAGCGUCACCACGAUCCACAGGUGGUGCAUCGUAACUUGGUAGAGGCGUCUGCCAAGCUUCUCUUGUUGGAGAUUAUGCUACCCAAGUUGAAGGAAAGGGGUCACCGUGUCCUCAUAUUCAGUCAGUUUCUGCAACAGCUUGACAUUGUCGAGGACUUUCUGAACGGGAUGGGCUACGGAUAUCGCCGUCUAGACGGGUCCAUCUCGAGUCUGGAGAAGCAACGGCGCAUCGAUGCCUUCAACGAGCCGGGCUCUGAACUCUUUGCCUUUUUGUUGUCGACGAGGGCUGGUGGCGUCGGAAUCAACCUGGCGACGGCAGACACUGUGAUCAUCAUGGACCCUGAUUUCAAUCCUCACCAAGACAUUCAGGCACUGUCCCGUGCUCAUCGCAUUGGCCAGAAGAACAAGGUUUUGUGCUUCCAGCUCAUGACGAAGGAUUCGGUAGAGGAACGAAUCAUGGAAAUUGGGCGCAAGAAGAUGGCGCUGGAUCAUGCGCUCAUUGAGAGCAUGGAUGACGAUGAGCUCGAAGGGGCCGACCUGGAAUCGAUCCUCAAGCAUGGUGCUCAAGCCUUGUUCGACGAGGGCUACCAGAAGACUGCCAUCCACUACGACUCUGCCUCCGUGGACAAGCUCUUGGACCGCACUCAGAUGGAGAAAUCUGCGGCUGUGGAUGAUAACUCUGCCGAAGGCCAAUUUACCUAUGCCCGUGUGUGGUCGAACGACAAGCUUGGAUUCGAAGAGACGGCGGAUCUCACGGAGGAACAAGCCCCGGAGCCCAUUGGUUCCAGCGUUUGGGACCAGAUCCUUGCUCAGAGAGAGGAGGAAGCCCGACGAGAAGCCGAGGCGAGCAAGGAAGUUCUCGGACGUGGUGCCAGACGUCGGAUGGUAUGA